AUAAAAUUAUUUUCAGAUCUUACAGUUCCCAUUAAUGUUUUUUAUGACAACUCUAUCAAUUAUUUUGAAAUACAAAGAAUUGGAGGUUUAAUAUCACAUCUUCAAAAGAUUUUUAAAGAUAACAUCUUAGAAGCAGUUGGACCAAGUCAUAAAACAUUUCCUCAGUUAUUAGAAGAUAAAAAAAAUUCAAAGUUACCAGAUAAAACAAUAAAAUUUGGAGAAAAAGAUGAUUAUGAAGCCUGUAUAGAAUUAUUAGAUGGAAUAAUACGAUUAUAUCAGAUAUCAGCUCAUAGACAAUUAGAAAAGAUUAGAAAUAUGGAUGAAUAUUCAGAUCUAUAUGUAAAAACAGAUGUUUUGAUACUAGCAGACAUCUUUGAGAAUUUUAGAGAUGUAUGCAUGAAAACCUAUAAAUUGGACCUAGCAUGGUAUUUCACAGCACCUGGAUUAUCAUGGGAUGCAAUGUUAAAGAUGACUGGUGUAAAUUUACAGUUGUUGACUGAUUAUGAUAUGAUUUUAAUGAUAGAAAAAGGAAUAAGAGGAGGAAUUUCUCAAUGUUUAACAGAUAUGGAAAGGCAAAUAACAAAUGCAAAUAAUCUGUAUGGUUGGGGAAUGAGUCAAUAUUUAUCAUAUGGUGGAUUUAAAUGGCGUGAUGAAAAUAAUAUUGAUUUCUUCAUGAAUAUUCCUGAUGACAAUGAAAAAGGAUAUGUAUUAGAAGUUGACCUGAAAUACCCAAAGAAGCUUCACAGAAAGCAUUCAGAUCUAUCUUUAGCUCCAGAGAAUAGAAUACCAGAUGGAUCAAAACAAUCUAAAUUAUUAACCACGUUAUAUGAUAAAAAGAAAGUAUUAGAAUUCAAACAAUCAGAUUGGUUAAAGAAAUACAUAGAUCUGAAUACUGGAAUGAGAACUAAAGCAACUAAUGAUUUCGAAAAGGACUUUUUUAAACUAAUGAACAACUCUGUGUUUGUCUUUAAUAAACCCAUCUAUGUGGGAAUAAGCAUAUUAGAUCUUUCGAAGCAUUUGAUGUAUGAUUUUCAUUAUAAUGUGAUGAAACCUAAAUAUGGAGAUAACAUAAAACUGUUAUAUCAGGAUACGGACAGUUACAUAUAUGAUAUAAAAACAGAUGAUAUUUAUCAAGACAUGAAGGGAAUGAUUGAUUACUUUGAUACAUCCGAUUAUCCUGAAAAUAAUCAAUAUGGUAUACCGAGAGUUAAUAAGAAGGUGUUAGAUAAAAUGAAGAAUGAAAAUAAUGGAAAAAUAAUGAGAGAAUUUGUUGGUUUAAGAGCAAAAAUGUAUGCCUUUAAAGUAGAAGAUCAGGUUACAAAGAAAUCAAAAGGAGUAAAGAAAUGUGUUGUUAAAAAUAGGAUAUCAUUUAAUGAUUAUAAAGACUUUCAAAAUGCAGAAAAUUCAAAGUUACCAGAUAAAACAAUAAAAUUUGGAGAAAAAGAUGAUUAUGAAGCCUGUAUAGAAUUAUUAGAUGGAAUAAUACGAUUAUAUCAGAUAUCAGCUCAUAGACAAUUAGAAAAGAUGUGCUCAUUGAGAGACAGUAUGCAAGAAUAUAUAAUGGCUUUAAAAGACAUAGAAAAACGUCAUAAUCCAAAUGAUGUGGAAGUUGAAAUUGCCUUAAAACAUACAAAAGAAGUUUUCAUAUGCAAAUUAACAGAACAAGCGAGGCAUCAAGCAUGGAUAUCAGUUGUGGUAUAUGCUUCUGAGAAGCAAUUGGAUGUAUAUUGGAUUUUACAAAUUUUAUUAAGAACAUUAGAAUUGGCAUCUAAUUCAGAUGAUUUUUUUGGAUUUGUACCUGAUUUUUAUGUUGAAGCAUGCAUUCGCUGUUGUAAUGCUCUUCGUUCAUUCUUCCCUCCAACUUCACCAAUAGAAAAUUUGACAGGUUACCAAGAGAUAUUAGUGAAAUACGGAACAUUUUUGGCCCAUCAUUUUGCAGAUCGUCGCGUUGUUAAUGCAGUGAAAUUUUUUUAGGGUUGUGGAUUUGCUUUUCGUUAUUCAUUACCUCCUCACAUGACAAGGCGUUUUAAUUUAAAAUCACAACAACAAGCUGAAUGUGCUACCUCAAGUCAUCAUAGACCAUGUCCUUCUGUUAUUUUCCAACAACAUAUAGUCCAAUGGUUACUAGAACAUCCUGAUCAUGCAGCUGCAUUUCUAAGUAGUGUACUUACACAAUUAAAUUGGGCUUUCUCUGAAUUCAUUGGUAUGUUACAAGAGAUUCAAAAUGCAUCUAAUAGACCUGAAAGAGUUUUUAUAGAUUCACGUCAAUUAAAAAUAUGUGCCACCUGUUUUGAUUUAGCAUUAGCAUUACUUAGGGUAUUGGAAAUGAUAGUGCACUUGGUGCCAGAAUUAUUUACAGAUGUUUCAAAACCUUCUUCAGAAAUAUUUUUACCUCGUCUCUUUCAGUUGGUAUGCCAAGUUCUAAAUAGGGUUACAUCAAGAUCUGGUUGUUUUUAUCUUGUUGUCAGUAUGGAAAUUCCAGGGCUUGAGACAAUAGAUCACUUUCCUAUAAUAGCAGCUGUAACUGGAAUAUUGACAUCUUUGAUAUUGGAAGGUUCACCAUCUAGUCGUGAAUGUGCAAUCAUAGCACUUCUGGCAGAACCAAGUUUUCAACCGUCCUGUUUAGAUUUUCUUCUUGGUGAAGUGGCAACUGCUUCUGUAGGAAAACGUGCCAAAGAGCGUCCUUUUAAUUUGAGAAACUUUAAUGAAGUCAGCGAGGAAGAAAUUAGAAAAGUUGAGCAAUUAAUUCAUUUGUUACAAUCUCGACACCAUGCAAUUUCUCUGGCACAGGCAGAUAAAAUAAUAAAUGAAGAAGAAUUGUGUACUAUUUGUUAUGCCAAUCGUAAAUCUGCUUUAUUUGAACCAUGCGGUCAUGAAUCUUGCAGAGCUUGUAUCAGUCUUCACCUGUUAAGUCAUCGAGAAUGUUUUUUCUGUAAGGCCAUUGUCGAUACUGUGACGUCAUCAGAUGGUGAAGUACUUUUACCAACACCUAACAAAACAGUCUCAAAAUGAACAGUUUUUUUAGAAAUGGAAACAGAAUAUUAUUUGUGUAAAUAAGUAAAAAAAAAGAUCAUUAUUUAAUUUGAAUGCAUAUGAAUUCUUUAUAUGUGCUACAGAAAAACUUUUCAUUGAAUACUUUGCAUGUACAACAAAUUGCAAUGUACUUAAAUACAAGUGAUAUUUAUAAUUAAAAUUUGUUUGCUUUGA